CGACCCUUCCCUUUUGUAACUAGAGCCGCCUUUCUCGACGACUCUAGACUUGACCUGGUGCCAGUUGGUAUCUUUCUUCCUUACCUGAGAUUCCUUCCUUACCCUACUUUUGUCAUAAGUAUACCACUUUCGCCAUGGAUGCGCUAAACGCGACCUCUUUCGCGUCCUUCAACCAAACCAAGGACUACUUUGUCGUCCUCGAGGAGGUUUCUAAGUACAAUGUCCAGCUCAACAUGGUCGAGAAACUUUGGGCCGCUUGGUACCUUUGGAUGCAGAACGACACCCUCGCGACCGGUAUCAUGAGUUUUGUUCUCCACGAACUUGUCUACUUCGGCCGCUGCAUUCCCUUCAUGCUGAUGGAUUUCAUCCCCUACUUCCAGCAAUUCCGAAUCCAGAAGCAAAAGAUUCCCACCAUUAAGGAGCAAUGGGACUGUGCCGCCAUUGUUCUCAUCAGCCACUUCACCGCCGAACUCCCUCAGAUCUGGUUCUUCCACCCCAUCGCUACCUACUUCGGCAUGGACUACGGCGUGCCUUUCCCUCCUGUGUGGAAGAUGGCUCUCCAAAUCGCUAUUUGCUUCGUGAUGGAGGAUGCUUGGCACUACUGGUUCCACCGUGCUCUGCACUACGGUCCCCUCUACAAGGCCAUCCACAAGAUGCACCACACCUACUCCGCUCCUUUCGGUCUCGCCGCUGAGUAUGCUUCACCCAUCGAAACUGCUCUCCUCGGAAUUGGUGUCGUUGGAUGCCCAAUUGUCCUCCUUGCUGUUACUGGCGAGCUCCACCUCUUCACCAUGUACACCUGGAUCGUUCUCCGUCUUUUCCAGGCCAUCGACUCUCACAGCGGCUAUGACUUUCCCUGGAGUCUGCGCCACAUCCUCCCCGUCUGGGCUGGCGCUCAUCACCACGAUCUUCACCACGAGAAGUUCAUCGGCAACUACGCCUCCAGCUUCACCUGGUGGGACUACUGCCUGGACACCGAGGCCGGUGCCGACGCUCACAAGCGCCGCCGCGAGAAGAAGCUCGCUGCCAUCAAGGCCCAGAAGCAGCAAUAGACUGCCACGGAGAAAAUCCGGCACGACGACAAAUGAUCGAUUGCGGUGAAUCGAGUCUGGGUAGCACAGGAUUUUACGACCAUAGACAAAAGAGGAGACUGUUGAUCAUGAUGGAGACUUGGACGAUCGCUCGGCGGACAUCAUAGUCUGCAUCACUACACUCGCGACUCGAGCAUUCGCAUGGCGUUUGGGGAUGUUAACUAAGAACGACUUUUUACGCUUGUAUAUACAAAACAUUGCCCAGGAGAGGCUUUUAGACAUAUUUAAUAAUCAACAUCGUUCGUUGUCUA